GAGAGGAGACGCAGACGGGUGGAGAAGAAAGGAUGCUCGGUCCAGCAGAAUAUGAGAGGGAGGCUGAAGUGCAGGUGGAAGAGUGCAAGCAAAAGGUUGUGGGUGUGCUGAAGGAGCUGAGAGUUUUUCACUCAGAGAGAAUGACAGCAUGGAGAGAGGCCCUCAGCGAGUGUGCCUGCAUGCUCAAUAAGUCUCCACCAAGGGGCGGUGAUCAGCAGGAUGCAUCAAUAACUGACUUCUUUAGUGAUACCUUUCAGAGUUUGUCGGAGGACAUCGAGAACAUUACACAGAAACUGAGCACAAUUGUAACCAAACUGGAAGCAGAAGUUCUCUGUGUGUCUGCGGAAGAAGCCUCAGGUGUGAAUGUGGCGCCUCAUGAAACCAGAGACCCAGAAACCUCAGCUCGACCUGAAGUUGGCAGAAAAUGCCUGAGCUUUCAGGAUCCACUCCACUCUGACUGCGAACAGGAGGCUGAGAAUGAAAGUGAUCGAAGACAUCCAUCACCAAACGCUGAGCUAACAGCCGAAAUAAGAUUGAACUGUUCCGACUGUAGCGAUGUGAAGGAAACUGGGGGGGAACUGGAGGUCAAAGGUCAAGUGGAUGAUAAUGAGGAGGGCUGUGUUUCUCCAGUGAGUCAGACAGAUUUACUGAAGGAGAGGGACAAGGACACAGGGAGGAUGAAUGUCAAGGUGGAAGAGGAGACAAAGACAGAAUGGAUCACUGUCGGGUGA